UGAGGUUGGUGGCCGCGUUUGCAUCAAAACAUAACAUCCGUUCUUCUUCCUCAUUAACAAACUUAUGCACUUCCUGUGAUUCCUCUUUUUCAUUUCGUCACGAGCCAUCCAAAGAUUUCCAAAAUGUUAUUAAUUUUCUUAGUAAUGCUCCUCCCCAUGGCCAUGGCUACCAAAUUAAUUCACUUCUUAAUGCCCUUGACUUCCCCACUCUCCAGCUUCACCAUCAACAACAAUUUGUACUCAAAGUUAUGCAAACCUCCUGUCAAACUAAAUUAGUUGAAACCCCUAACGUUUCACCUCAUGAUCUUAUCCGCUUUGUAAAGUGGAUAUGGAAGAAUAAUAAGUACCUCAUCACUAUCCCUGUUCUCGAAUCCCUUGUUUCUGCCAUAUGCUCCAACAAGCUGCUUCUAUCUGUCAAAAGAUGGCGCUUCAUCCAGAAACCCUACUUCCUGAUGAUGGCGACAUGCUUGAUUACAUGUUAUCUUGGUUUUCUGGAAACAAUAUGAUUAAAGAAGCCUAUGCUCUCUAUCUGGCAGCAAAUGAGAAACGGAAAAGAAACCCAAACUGGUCGCUACAGGUAGAUAUGUUGUUACCAACUACUAUGAUCCGCGUACUUUGUUCAGAAAAAGAAACCGUACAUUUGGCUUUGGAGAUGCUGACUGAUAUUAAUAUCCCUGAGGAGGUGGAGCAAUGGGAAAAGGGGAGUAAACUAAGCCUCUGUCUGCUGGUUGUCGAAGCCUUGUGUUGGUUUAAAGAUUUUGACGCAGCCAAGCAGUUGAUAUUUAAAAUGAUUGCAGAUGGUCCACUACCACCUCCUUCAACAGCUGUUUUCAAUGUAAUUAUUACUGCCUAUGUUAAAGCUGGGGAAAUCGGACAAGCUUUCGAGAUGCUGAUGCUAUCGGAAAGCAUAGGUUUAUCCACUUCUCAUGUUCUUACGUGUGGUUUUUCACGUUCAGAUGGUAUGAAAGAGACAAGGAAGAUCUUGGAAGAAGCCAAAAACAAGGAUUCUAAGUUAUUCAUUGCUCUGUUGUACCAUACGCUCAUUGUUGGAUAUUUUAAGCAACUCAAGUAUGAAAAGGCUCUCAAGUUAUUGACUCAGAUGAAGGAUUUUAGUGUCUUCUGCACCAAUCUUGAUGAAUAUCACAAGUUGAUCCACUCUCUUCGCUUGAAGGCCAUGGAUAGGAAAAUUGAAAGAGAGCAACUAGAGGAGUUGGAGCCUAUAGAUAGGGAAAUGGCAGAAGAGCAGCUAUAUGAAAUGGGCUAUGUGGAUUCGAGCAUGGCAGAGGAGCAGCUAGAGGAAAUGAAUCUUAAUAUUAGGGCAUCAGUUUGAUAGGAGGUUAGAAUAUUAAUGCAAAAAUAAUGGAGUGGAAAAAAUGGUUAGGAGUUAGCUAAAUUAUUAUUAUUUUUUAAUUAUAUUAUUAUUAGAUUUAACUCAGUCUAAGUUGGCU